AUGAAUAGCCAGCAUUAUGAAUCAGAUCCGUCAUCUUCUGAAAACACAGCUAUUUUAUCACUUGCUGAUCCUAGAUCAAGGAAUAACUCAAGAUUGCCUACUUUGGCACCGCAAAAGCAAACAAUUGAAGAAAAUGAGCAGCCUACGGGAGAGUUUGGAGACGUAAAUAUAAUAUCAAGUGUUUUGAAAGCAAGUUUGAAGAAUAGCAUUCAUUUUUCAAAGAAAGACGAGACGAAAAAAGAUCAGACCUUAGAGGAUAAAGCUUGCUGUAUUUUAAUAUAG